GAGCUUCUUACGAACUGGCCUAAAAUGGAACAUGCGAAUUUGAAGUUAAAAAAAAAAGUAAUCACGUGUACUCUUUAUUGACUUCCGCCAGAUGUCGCUGUUGUUGCUUCCUUAAAUCAUGGCGGAUUUUUUCACAAAUUUACAGAUUUUAGCCUGAUUCGUGGGUAGAUUUUAUUACCUAUCUUAACCGGAGUCGAAAUAAUAAUAGCUCAUCCUAUUUGUAAGUGAAGCAUAGCGAUACGGGCGUCUAACCUGAUUCUGACAUUGGCCAACAUUCGCCAUCGACUCCGUGAAGACGUCUGACGGAUCUUCUCGAAUUUCGGUGGUUCAGUAAAUAGAUAGAAUUAUUCAAUUUCAGCGUCGCAUCGUACGUUAAUUAAUUUACAACGGUUAUUAUGACGCAAUAGGCGUACGAAUAGUUCGGACGCCAUCACAUUAUUUUUACGCUCGAAAUACAGAAAAAAGAGCAGUGAUGAGUGAAGGCGCGCCUAUGCUGUACCAUGGAGGCGGUGGAUUCGGAGGGCCGCGCCAGGGCUUCGCGUCAGGAGGGCCUCUGGAACGAGCGUGCCACUUCCCCGCGCUGGAGCUGCCGCCGGGUCCGGCCACACCGCAUCACUCUGAGCGCCCUGCUAAGGACAACACUGCCUUCGGUUACGAGUCAGAUGACUCCAGUUUGUCCAGCAAUGCUUCAGGAUCAAAUAAAAGUGGUGAGAAAGGGGAAAGCGCUUCCAGUGCCUCAGAGCCCAACACAUCGCCGCAAGGCUAUGCGGUGCGCGAGUGGCGCGGGCGCGCCCGCCGCGAGCCGCACCGCCCGCGCCGCAUCGCGCCCGAGCGCUACCUCAACGCCUCCUACCCCUUCCAAGUCAAGUUCACGCCCGACGACUUGCUUAAUGGAUCCAAGUGGGACAACCUGUCACAGGAGAUCUGGGACAAAUUUGUCAAGUCACAGCAGACAGAGGAGACAUUCCGCAAGAAAAUGAACCUCUGGAGAUACCUCUACGUCACAAUAAAGUCAAUAUUCCCGCGCUACGGGCUGUACGUAGUGGGCUCCACGAUGUCUGGCUUCGCGUUGGACUCGUCGGACAUGGACCUGUGCCUGUACGUGCGCGCGCUGGGCGACACCGAGCCGCGGGCGCACGCGCUGCUCCACCUCAACUACAUACUCGCCUACAUCAAGAGCUUCGAUCGCGAUGCUGAGCUAAUCCAAGCAAAGGUGCCGAUCCUAAAGUUCCGCGACGCGCGAGCUGGACUGCAAGUGGACCUGAACUGCAAUAAUGUCGUCGGUAUCAGGAACACCAGUCUACUCUACUGCUACUCCCGUCUGGAUUGGCGUGUACGGCCGCUGGUGGCGGUGACCAAACUCUGGGCACAAGCACAUGAUAUCAAUGACGCGAGGCAUUGCACGCUCUCAUCAUAUUCGCUCACGCUCAUGGUCAUACAUUUCCUGCAGUGCGGCACGUCGCCGCCGGUGCUGCCGUGCGUGUGCGUGCGCGGCCCCUGGGAGGUGCGCGCGGCGCGCCACAACCGCGCCUCACUCGCCGAGCUCUUCCUGCAGCUGCUGCGGUACUACGCCACCUUCCCGUACGACAAGAUGGCGGUGUCGGUGCGCGCGGGGCGCUGCGUGCCGGUGGCGGCGUGCCGCGCCGCGCGCAGCCACAAGAACGAGCCGCACCAGUGGAAGCUGCUGUGUGUCGAAGAGCCGUUCGACUUGACGAACACAGCGCGCUCGGUGUACGACCCGGAGACGUUUCUGCGCAUCGUGGAGACGUUCCGCAGCAGUGCGGCGCGCCUGGCCGCGUCGCCGCGCCUGGCCGCCGCCUGGCCGCCGCACGCGCCCGCGCCCUACCAGCCCGAGCGAUGAUGCCCGCGUCGGCCCCGCCGCACAGAGUGUGUGAGUACAGUACAUCGUGGACACGUUCCGCAGCAGUGCGGCGCGCCUGGCCGCGUCGCCGCGCCUGGCCGCCGCCUGGCCGCCGCACGCGCCCGCGCCCUACCAGCCCGAGCGAUGAUGCCCGCGUCGGCCCCGCCGCACAGAGUGUGUGAGUACAGUACAUCGUGGACACGUUCCGCAGCAGUGCGGCGCGCCUGGCCGCGUCGCCGCGCCUGGCCGCCGCCUGGCCGCCGCACGCGCCCGCGCCCUACCAGCCCGAGCGAUGAUGCCCGCGUCGGCCCCGCCGCACAGAGUGUGUGAGUACAGUACAUCGUGGACACGUUCCGCAGCAGUGCGGCGCGCCUGGCCGCGUCGCCGCGCCUGGCCGCCGCCUGGCCGCCGCACGCGCCCGCGCCCUACCAGCCCGAGCGAUGAUGCCCGCGUCGGCCCCGCCGCACAGAGUGUGUGAGUACAGUACAUCGUGGACACGUUCCGCAGCAGUGCGGCGCGCCUGGCCGCGUCGCCGCGCCUGGCCGCCGCCUGGCCGCCGCACGCGCCCGCGCCCUACCAGCCCGAGCGAUGAUGCCCGCGUCGGCCCCGCCGCACAGAGUGUGUGAGUACAGUACAUCGUGGACACGUUCCGCAGCAGUGCGGCGCGCCUGGCCGCGUCGCCGCGCCUGGCCGCCGCCUGGCCGCCGCACGCGCCCGCGCCCUACCAGCCCGAGCGAUGAUGCCCGCGUCGGCCCCGCCGCACAGAGUGUGUGAGUACAGUACAUCGUGG